ACAACAUCUUCCGACUAUCUAAGAGUUUCAUAUUUGUCCUGAAACUGGGGUCUAAAUCGCGUGCAGAGUCAGCAAUUGCGUGCAGAAGAAACACGUUAAGGACUUCGUUGCUUCCCUUCAAGACAAAAUAGUAUAAAACUCCCUCUUCCCGGUCCCGAAUACCUCGGGAGAAAAGAAGAAGAAAGUCGGUGAAGAUGAGCUCUUUCAGCAGGAGAAGGACCAGCGAUGGAGAGGGGAAGGAAGGAAAGGAUAGGAAAGGACUGCUCACUCGAUGGAAGUCUAUCUUGAAAAAGUCGGGCGAGCCCUCCUCAAAAAAGCAGUCUGUGAUGUUCGAGACAGAAGCACCGGAAGUGGACGAGGCUAUAGAAUCCAGCUACGGGCUUCCCUCCGAGGUGCCUACCACUGAUCAUUCACAAUAUGAAAACGUAACAAGAGUAUCGAGGGCACAAAUAUACGACGAACGCGCCAGGAGACUUGGUAGUAGCUACGGAGUAGAAAUUGCGCCUAGCGAAUGGCAAUCUGUUGAGGGCGACGUCUACCGGGUCGAGAAGCCUGUGCGCGUUCGUGUUCACCGAAACUGCCAUAGAUGUCAGACUUCUUUCGGAACCAGCAAUUCAUGUCCCAAUUGCGCCCACCACUUCUGUUCCAAGUGUGGACGCUCUCCGUCUAAACAGAGUGGGUCUCGGAAGAAGGAAUCCAGCCACGGAGCCCAGGAAGAGGCAUCCCAAAAACAAGACGAGUUUGCCGCCAUCGUUCCGCACUAUGGUAUGGCGGAGCCAAUUGUAGUGACGCGACCAAGCAAGACCGGAGGACAACCAUUGGUACACAAACAGACUCGCAUGAGGAUUCGCAGGAAUUGCCAUCGGUGUAACACUACCUUUACUUCGAGUACUCGUGUAUGCCAAUCUUGUGGCCACAGGAGAUGUGACGAUUGCCCCAAGAACACACGGAAAACAAAGAAGUAUCCUUAUGGAUACCCGGGUGACGUGCCCGGUGAAAGCUCACCAGCAUUCUACGAGUGCCAUGAAUGUGAAGAGAUAUUUCCGCCAGAUGCUGAGAAUGGUGUUGCAUGUGAGAACUGUGCUCAUCAAAAGUGUUCUGGCUGCCCGAGGGCUCGGCGUAGAAGGGUAGAGCCCGGGGCCGAUCCUGAUGUGCUACGAAGCAUAUCCAGUCGUUUCGAACAGCUUGAGCUGAGCUGAGCUGAGCUGAUUUGUCCUUUUUUUUCUCCCCUUUUUUCUUCCUUUU